GCCGUGCGGGAAACGUUUCUUCCCUGGCGGAGCACCACGCCUCUGGCUCCCCGGAGGUUCGGGGUAUUCCGCGCCCCCCUUCCGCGAAACGGUGUCCCAGAAAUUGGAAAGUAGAGGUAGGGAUGAUCUUGAGUUCAGGGGCAGCCUGGGCUAUUAAAUAGAUAAAUGAAGUUAGAAAACAAGAAACAAAGUCAGUUACGGUGACUCGUGACUGUACUCUCAGGCCAGGCUGAACCGCCCAAUGGCCGGGUCAUCCUCGGUUUCUCAACCUUCCUUCUAGAAUCAAAAACAAUACAAAAAACAGGCCAGACGUGGUGGUGCCCUUAAUGCCAGCACUCAGGAGGCAGACACUGGCGGAUGUGAGGCCAGCCUGGUCUACAGAGCGAGUUCCGGGACAGCCAGGGCUAGAGAGACAAACCGACCCAAAGCAGGCAAACGUGUAGUGUGAGUGGGUGAGAGGGACGACCACACUGAGCAUCCGGUGCUGGGCCCUGGGGCCGAACAGAAUCUGCGUCCUCUCGGGCCCAGGGCCUGGUGUCCUGUGGACAGCGGCAUGCGUGGGUGAGAGAUCAACACAAGGCAUUCUCGAUCGCCGAAAGAAACGGACAGAGCAGCCGUCACCCCUCAAAUUCUGCCUUUCCCAGCUCCUGAAGCAGUAUGGGCCUUUGCUGCCGACCACGCCGCGCACCUGGCGGCCUCCCCUUUAAGGCGCGCUCACCUGGCGGCCUCCCCUUUAAGACGCGCUCACCUGGCGGCCUCCCCUUUAAGGCGCGCUCACCUGGCGGCCUCCCCUUUAAGACGCGCUCACCUGGCGGCCUCCCCUUUAAGGCGCGCUCACCUGGCGGCUCACCUGGGUGAGGCGCUUCCGCAGGAAGAAGGAAGCUGCCCAGCCGCCUCUGCCUGUCGCUCCGGCCUCUCAGCUUCCCCGGCCGCCACCAUGUCGGCCUCGGCCGUCUUCAUUCUGGACGUCAAGGGCAAGCCCCUGAUUAGCCGAAACUACAAAGGUGAUGUACCCAUGACCGAGAUCGACCACUUCAUGCCACUGCUUAUGCAGCGUGAGGAGGAGGGGGUGCUGGCCCCGCUGCUCAGCCAUGGCCGAGUGCACUUCCUGUGGAUCAAACACAGCAACCUCUACUUGGUGGCCACCACCCUGAAGAACGCCAACGCCUCGCUGGUGUACUCCUUUCUGUACAAGACCGUGGAGGUCUUCUGUGAGUACUUUAAGGAGCUGGAGGAGGAGAGCAUCCGAGAUAACUUUGUCAUUGUGUAUGAGCUGCUGGAUGAACUCAUGGACUUCGGCUUUCCACAGACCACAGACAGCAAGAUCCUGCAGGAGUACAUCACACAACAGGGCAACAAGUUGGAGACCGGCAAGUCUCGGGUUCCGCCUACGGUCACCAAUGCUGUAUCAUGGCGCUCUGAGGGGAUCAAAUACAAAAAGAAUGAGGUCUUCAUUGACGUCAUAGAGUCUGUUAACCUUCUGGUCAAUGCUAAUGGCAGUGUCUUGCUCAGCGAGAUUGUGGGCACCAUCAAGCUGAAGGUGUUUUUGUCUGGGAUGCCAGAGCUGCGGCUGGGCCUCAAUGACCGAGUGCUCUUUGAGCUUACUGGCCUUUCAGGCAGCAAGAACAAGUCUGUGGAACUGGAAGAUGUGAAAUUCCACCAGUGUGUGAGGCUUUCGCGCUUCGACAAUGACCGCACCAUCUCCUUCAUCCCCCCGGAUGGGGACUUUGAACUCAUGUCCUACCGCCUCAGCACCCAGGUCAAACCCCUGAUCUGGAUCGAGUCAGUCAUUGAGAAAUUCUCCCACAGCCGCGUGGAGAUCAUGGUCAAGGCUAAGGGGCAAUUUAAGAAGCAGUCGGUGGCCAAUGGCGUGGAAAUAUCUGUGCCUGUUCCCAGUGAUGCAGAUUCCCCACGCUUCAAGACCAGUGUGGGCAGUGCCAAGUAUGUGCCUGAGAAGAAUGUUGUCAUUUGGAGUAUCAAGUCCUUCCCCGGCGGCAAAGAGUACUUGAUGCGUGCCCACUUUGGGCUCCCCAGCGUGGAAACUGAGGAGGUGGAGGGCCGGCCACCCAUUGGGGUCAAGUUUGAGAUUCCGUACUUUACUGUUUCUGGCAUCCAGGUCCGUUACAUGAAGAUUAUUGAGAAAAGUGGAUACCAGGCCCUGCCCUGGGUCCGCUACAUCACCCAGAGUGGAGAUUAUCAGCUUCGUACCAGCUAGAAGGGAGAAGUGGGGGUUUGAACAUGAGUUGAACAUGCGGCUUCCUUCUCAGAUCACAGCUUCAGACUAUGAGAUGUGUGUGUGUGUGUGUGUGUGUGUGUGUGUGUGUGUGUGUGUGUGUGUGUUCACGCUGCGUUGGGGUACUGACAACACAUUCUUGCUGCCAGUGCCCAACCCCCUGUACCCCUCAGCUGUCUAGGACGGUUGUGUCCCUCACCCUUGGAGCUCUCCCAUCCUGAUUUUAUAUGAAGAGAUAUGAGGGCCUGAACUGCCCUCCCCUCCGUGAGUGCCUUCUUACAGUGACCUUCCUUGGGCAGCUCAGGGCUCUUUUAUGACUGCUGAGCCUAGGCCCUGCUGGCCCUCCGUCUGAGUUUGAGGGUGUCAUUAAAAUAAAUCUAACAGCUGUGAAUGUGCUUCUUGGCCAUGGACUGGGACUGACCAUGCUUGCUUCGGUGGGCAUGUCCUAGUGGGCGUGUCCACCUCCCCUUCAUUCCCUAUCACUGGCGGAUCCCUUGUGUAGCCACCAGAGGUCACUGUAAAAUCUGUCAGUACAUCAUUGCCCUGCUUAACCCUGAUGCCCUUCCCAUCUUGUUAAAAGUAGUUGUUACAGUCCCAGGUCUGGUCUGCACACCACUCCACCACCUGCCCCCUUCCUGCCCCCCCCCCACUCUCC